AUGGACAUCAAUCGUUCCCGCCGCAUCCUUGCACUUGGUAAACCGGGCUCCGGAGUUUUGAAACUUAUCGAAGAUCUCACUGGCAGCGCACCGUUAUGCCACGACAAUGGCUCGACGGCCGGUCUUACGCACGAGUGGGAAGUCAAGACCGCAUACUACGAAGCUAAGGUGCCGAUAUGGAUCGACGAGAUCACGGACGUACAGGAGUGGAAGACCGAGUUCUCGAAGCCAGAAGCUCGUGAGGUAGUGGAAGCGGUAGGAGCAUGGGUAUACUGCUUCAAGCCACCCACCAAUCAAGAGGUCAGUCAAGAAUGCGAAGAGGUCAUGAAAGCGAUCCAGGAGGUCUCUGAAGAACAUGCCGGAUAUGGGGCGGACACUGUCAUGCUGGCUGCCGCUAUGCCUGCCGCGAACGGCACGGCUUUGACUGCAGAGCAGGAUGAAUGGGACGAUACGUGCAUGCAGUACGGCUUCGAGUUCAUCAACUACGGCGCGAAGGGCAAGAACGAGUUCGGCGAAAAUGUAGGCCUGGACCGCUUACGGGAGGCUCUAGAAGCCAACGAGUGGGCAGCCACGGCAGGCUCAGACGAUGGUGAGCUGGACUUGGAUGCACUAGGACUCGACGAUGGAGACGAAGACGACUUUCGAGGCUUUGCUCGUGACGAGGCCGAAAUGACUGCAGAGCUGUUCGGCAUGAAAUCCGCUCUCGCAGGACACGACUUUGAGCCGGACGCAGAGGACUUUGCUCCUCCUACGCAACAGGCGGAAGAUGUCGAGACUUUAGACCGCCUGAUGGGAAAGCUGUUGGCUGUCAAGGAACAAUCUGCGGAUCUACCAGAAGCCCAGCGGAAGAGAAUGGCGGCGAAGGCUGUCAGAGAAUUACUGAGUGAGGGUGAGGGCACCUGA